AUGAUGAAAAACGAAUGGCCCUCGUUUUUCCCCCCAACACCAACUCCUUCCGCAUCCAAUAGUUAUCCACCGUCGACUUCUGCUGCUGCUGAUAAUAAUCAAUUUAAUGUGAAUCCGCCGACGCUUCAGCCAAAUUCGCAGCAAUUUUUUAACGCUCCUCCCAGUGAGGAGAAUCAUUCCCCACAAAUUGUGCUAAAAAUCCCGAAAAGUGAACAAGAACAAGUUAAUGGGGGGCAAGUUAAGGUAAAUUAUUGUGUUUUUUUCCCAAAAAAAAAUAAAUUAUACAUUUUCAAAAAUGAUUUUUUGUAGGGUGAAAGAUGUGUUGGAUGUGGCAGUGAAUCGUCAAUCCGUGUUCAUUAUGGUGCAAGUUCAUGUCAUGGUUGUAAAGCAUUCUUCCGACGAUCAGUUUUCGAAGGUCGACAAUAUAUGUGUAGUUUAGAUAAUAAUUGCGAUAUCACAAAUGAAUCCAGAAAUCGCUGUCGUGCUUGUCGCCUCCGAAAUUGUAUUGAUGGGGGGAUGAAUCCGAAACAUGUUCGGGAAGAGAGAUCGAAAAUUGAGCGAAUUGCACCCGGAACCACAGUUUGCACGGUGUCAGCGAAUGGUGUGUCGAUCAACAGCAUGCCAUCGACACCUGCCAGUUUCGCACCAUCAAAUUUGAUUUCACAGCCUCCUGCGUCAGUUGAAUCACACGCCUCUUCGGGAAGUGAAGCAGAAGGUGCCGAUAGAAAAAAUCGUGAGUUGUUCUUCUUGUUUUUCAUUCCAAUCUUCCAAAGAUCCUAUAAGAUUAGGCAAAUUUGUCCUAUUUUUCAGUUUCGGAAAACACCUUGACACUUUUCAUGUGUUCGCUGGAAAAACAAACCGAAUUAUUGACCGAUGAUGAUGUGAAGAAUAAUGAUGUUAUGGGAGCUUGGAGUAGAGAUAUCAGCUUGACCUUUGGAUUGCAACAUCCACAAACAGUUAUCAAAAGAUUACCAGUAAGUUUGAUUAUUCCUAGGAAACUUCCAGCUCAGACUCUGAGCCUCAGAGAAAAAUUUAUUCAAAAAUUUUCAGCUAAAAUACACCUGUGAACGAAUCAUGGAAGCCAGUGAUUUAUAUUUGAGUUGGUAUCGAUCAUUCGUAUUUUGUGCUGAUUGGGCAAUGGGAAUUCCUGAUUUCCGUGUUCUACCCCUCGCAGAUCAGACAACACUAUUCAAGCAAAACUUCAUGGCCUUCGGUUGGAUCACUUUUGCUUACAAAUGUUAUGAAUUGGGACAAUUUAACAAUGGAAUUCCAUUGGGGAAUGGAGCGUAUAUUCCAUAUAAUGACGAAGAGCAGAAAAAAUUGCCGGAAAGAUGGGCGCAAACCUAUGGAGUUGUUUGUAAAAAAUUGAUGGAUUUGAUUGUUAAAGUUAUGAUUGAAUUGCAAAUUAGUGAGGAGGAAUAUUGUUUGAUUAAGACGAUUUCGCUAUUUCAACUUGGUAAGUCCCCAGAAAAUUUUAAUUUUCAAAUUUUUAUCUAAAAAUAUUUAUAGAUUGUAUAUUAUCUGAAAGCGGCGCUGCAGUUUGCUCGAAAAUGAAGGAAAGAUUAUUGGAAGCAUUGUCAACGCAUAUUGAGAAACGUUUUCCACAUUAUAAUCAGACACAAAAAACAACAAGAGCUCUCAAAAUCUCAUUGAUGCUCCCUAGUUUUUCGGUUAGUUUUUUUCUUUGUGAUCUCUAAAAACCCCUAAACUAACCGUUUUGCAGCAUAUUGGACAAGUCGAAUCGACAUUAAUUCAACAAUUGACAGCAGCCGAUCUUCAUCAAUUGAGCGGAGUUCCGAUGGAAAUUUGCACGGCGCAACAACAAAUCUAG